AUGUCUGCGAAAGAGGGACCUGCGGAUGUACCAAAGUUGGCACCAGACCUUGAAAUCGUUGGAGAUCAGGUCAGAAUCCAACCUACUGGGUUCACGGCCGGGCUCGAGAGAACAGAUGGCGUUACUGAGCGACGAUUGAUGCACCAGAUGGGCAGAUUUCGAGAAAACCCUUUUGAUUUCUUCCGUGAAAUCAGCCUCUUCGUGUCAGGUACCGGGUGGCGUGCAUACGAUGAUUUCAUUGGCCAGCCUAUUUUCUACUCUGGCUUCUCUGAGAAGAUGAAAUCUUCGGUAGCUAACCACUCCGCGCUUGUUGGCAAGAUCGAAGAGCUAGCGGAGUUCCGGGUCAAGACCGAGGAGAAGGAAGGCCUGCUGAAUGUUACAGCGCCGGCGAGUUCUAAUGGAGGGCCUAGUGUCGAUGCGCGCGCCAGGAGAAAGGAGGAGAUCGCGGCUAGCUUGCGUGAAGUAGUUGAUACCAUGAUGGAUAAUAUGAUUUGUAAGAUGGAGAGCAAGUCUUUUAUCCGGGGAGCUUACUACAUUACGACCCAAGCCCUGACCAGGGCAUACCACCAAGGAAUCCACGUUUCUAGCGAGGAGGUGCUGCGGCUUAGGAAAGUCGCCGAGGAAGCAGCAAAAAAGAAACAGUCCAUUGUGUUCUUGCCCUGCCACAAGUCUCAUGUUGACUAUGCAUCUCUUCAAGUUAUAUGCUAUCGUCUGGGGAUUGCGCUUCCUGUCGUUGUAGCUGGUGACAACUUGAACAUCCCAUUACUUGGGAGCUUCUUGCAACACGCAGGUGCUAUGUGGAUUCGGCGCAAGUUUGGAAACGAUCCAUUAUACCAUGCUCUUGUUCAAGCAUACAUUGAUACCCUUCUAAGUAACGGUCAUAAUUUCGAGUGUUUUGUCGAGGGUGGUAGGUCUCGAACAGGCAAACUCUUACCACCAAAGUAUGGUAUUCUUAGAUAUAUUUUGGACAGUGUUGGUUCUGGCCGUGUGGAGGACGCGCUUAUAUGCCCGGUCAGCACUCAGUACGACAAAGUUAUCGAAACUGAAUCUUACAUCAGCGAGCUUCUCGGUCAGCCGAAACAAAAGGAGAACUUAAGAGACUUUAUUUCAGCUUCUUCCGUCCUCUCGCUAAAACUUGGCAGAAUUGACGUUCGAUUUCAUGAACCGUGGAGUUUGAAAGACUUCAUUACUCAACAGACUACCAAAAUACACCAGAUGCCAUCUGAGCGAAACCUCAUGGCAAAUGUUAGCCAGGAGGAACGUUCACGAAUCCUUCGCACUUUUGGAUAUCGCGUCCUUUCUCAGAUCAACGAUGCCUCAGUUAUCAUGCCCACUGCACUUGUAGGGACAGUCCUUUUGACAUUGAGAGGCAGGGGUGUCGGCAAAGCCGAACUAUCCCGACGAGUAGAUUGGCUAUGUCAGCGUGUCAAGGAGAAAGGUGGACGGGUUGCGCAUUUUUAUAGAGCCCCGACUGCACAGGUUGUAGAGCGUGCUCUAGAGGUUUUAGGUCCGAAGCUUGUUGGGAGGACGGUUGGUCUUGCGGAAGAGACGUUCCAUGUCAUUGAUCGAUUCCAGCUGUCUUUCUACCGAAACAUGACCAUCCACCUUUUCAUUCCUGAGGCUUUGGUAUCUGUUGCCCUUUAUAGCCGGGUCAAGCAAGGUGGGGGGCCAUCCAACCAACAGAUUUCUUAUGAUGAACUUCUUACCCGGGUAUCAUUCUUAUCACAACUGUUCCGAGGCGAGUUUAUAUUCCCUCCAGAAGGUCUAACGGCCAAUCUUGAGAAGACGUUGCAUGGCCUGGAACGAGGAAAUGUGAUCAAGGUUACAAAGGAUGGAUUGAAUGUUCCUAAAAUGAUCGAGCUUAGCGAGCAUGAGAGGAACUGUGGCCGUGAAAACUACGAUUUCUACUGCUUCCUGCUGUGGCCGUUUAUAGAGGCGUGCUGGCUGGGAACAGUUUCCCUUAUUGGUUUAACACCACCGCUCACAGACCCGGCCAAUGUCUGGGUUGAUAUGAACAAGGCACAAAGCAAUGCUCAAUUGCUUGGAAAAACAUUAUAUUACCAAGGAGAGCUUUCUUAUAUUGAAGCUGUCAACAAGGAGAUUUUGAAGAACUCUUAUCAACGGUUUGAGGAAGAGGGCAUCAUCAUCACUGCUAAGAGUAAGGAAUCCCGCGAACCACCGACGAUGCGCCUCUCACCUGAAUGGACCCCCAAGCGGGAUCCCGAGACAGACAAGUUGCUUCCACAAGGGAAACUGUGGGAGUUUAUCCGCAUGAUUGCCCAAUCGCGCCGUGAAGGAAAAAACCGACGUGAUGGGGAAACCAUCUCUUCUCGCGUUCUUGAGCUGAGCGAGACCAUGGGAAGAACCCUCUUCCAGAGAGCCAAGCCAGUCAAGCCGGCCUCUGAUGAUGGAGAAGUUGAACUAUCCUCGCAGAUACAAAGACGACGAGCAAUUGACACAGCAUCAAAGCUGUAA